GCCUGCCCGGACGGCGCGUUCUGUGAGGCGCGGGCGCGCGAGGGGGCCUGCGGCGCUGCGCGAUAAAAGAAUGGCACAUUCCUUUGCAUCAAAGACCUUCACUGCACUUUCAGAUCUGCAUCCAAAUAUGGCUAAUCUGAAAAUAAUUGGUAUAGUUAUUGGGAAAACAGAUGUCAAAGGCUUUCCAGACAGAAAAAAUAUCGGAUCAGAGAGGUACACUUUCAGUUUUACCAUUCGGGACUCACCAACCCAUUUUGUUAAUGCAACGUCCUGGGGCAGCGAAGGUUACAUCAGGUCGCUUUCUGACAGCUUUAGGGUUGGUGAGUGCGUGAUAAUUGAAAAUCCCCUGAUUCAAAGAAAGGAAUUAGAAAGAGAAGAAAAAUUCAGCCCUGCCACUCCUGGCAACUGUAAACUAUUGCUCAGUGAGAAUCACUCCAUGGUAAAAGUUUGUUCCGGUUACCAAGUGGACAACAAGCUCCUUGCUUUGAUAUACUUACCUGUUAAAGAGUCUCGUGAUUUUUAUUCAUUGGGUGACAUUGUUGCAAACGGAUGCAGUCUGGAUGGGAGGAUUAUUAAUGUGCUUGCGGCAGUGAGGUCGGUUGGAGAGCCAAAAUACUUUACAACUUCAGACCGGAGAAAAGGCCAGAGGUGUGAGGUGAAGCUCUAUGAUGAGACAGAGUCUUCUUUUGCAAUGAUAUGUUGGGAUAAUGAAUCUAUCCUGGUUGCACAGAGCUGGGUGCCACGAGACACAGUAAUAUUUGCCUCAGACGUAAGAAUAAGUUUUGACAAAUUUCGGAACUGCAUGACAGCAACUGUAAUCUCAAAAACCAUUAUUACGACCAAUCCAGAUACCCCAGAAGCUAACAUCCUACUGAAUUUUAUAAGAGAAAAUAAAGAAACAAAUCCUCUGGAUGAUGAGAUCGACAGUUAUUUGAAAGAAUCUAUAAAUUUAAAUACAAUAGUUGAUGUCUAUACAGUUGAGCAAUUAAAGGUAAAAGCUUCAAAGAACGAAGGGAAGGCUGACCCUUUCUACGGCAUUCUUUAUGCUUUCAUUUCUACACUGAACAUUGAUGAUGACAGCACAACAGUAGUUCGACACCGAUGCUCCGGCUGUGGUUACGUUGUAAAGGAAGCAUCCAGCACUUGUACUGCUUGCAACAAAGAUUCUUUUGAAUUUAAAUCUGUUUUUCUCAGCUUCCACUUGCUAAUUGACCUCACUGACCACACAGGUACCCUCCAUGCCUGCAGUCUUACAGGAAGGGUUGCUGAGGAGACUUUAGGCUGCACGUUUUUUUUAUCACACAGAGCAAGGGGUGGAUUGAGAAUUAGUGUGCUCUCAUGUAAGCUCGCAGACCCUAUUGAGGCAAGUAGGAAUUUGUCUGGACAAGGAAAUAUUUAAAACAAGAUACUUUAAACUUUGGACAAGAAUAUGAGUUACAACUCUCUUGAAAGUAGAAAAUGAGUUUGAAAAUUAUGGAUAAAAUUGUAUUUUCAAAGGUGGUAAAAAUGUUUAUAAAUUGUUAUUGUGUUUCCUUCUGGAGUUGGUUAGGGGGUAAGUCUUAAAAUCUCUCAUUCACCCCAGCUCCUUUCUUAGAAGGCUUUUUCUGCUGACUUUGCCCUCUCUCCCCAAGUUGGAAAAUGUUUGCGUGAAUUAAUAAAUAAAUUUAAUCU